AUGCUGGACGGCCGUCUGGCCGGUCUGGAGGCGAGACUGCCUCCUGCGCCGGUCGUGCGCCCCCCGCUCGCGUCGUCGCAGCGGCCUGGGGCCGCGGCUCCGACUGCGCUCCCCGUAGUGGGAGGCCGCGUGUCCUACGCGGCGGCGGCGUCGGCCCCGACUCCACCGGCUCCCCAGGGGCCGAGGAAGGGGGCCAAGGCACCGGCCCAGGCACCGGCCAAGGCGCCGGCCCAGGCACCGGCCAAGGCGCCGGCCCAGACUAAAGCGGCGAAGAGGAGCGGAGUGGCUUUCCCUCCGCUCCCCGCUCCGACAUCCCUGCCGGGCCCCUCCGCACCUGCCCCCUCCAACGAGGGUUGGCAGGAGGCGAGGGGCUCAAAGAAGUCCCGAAGGCGGGCUAGAAGGGCUGCUCAGAAAGCAGCCCAAGCCCAGCCUUCGCCACCGGUGGCAACGGCCUCAAAAAAGAGGCCGCGGAAGCUGCAGCCGCCCAAAACCGCGGCUGUAGUCGUGACGCUGUCGCCGGAGGCGGCCAGUGGCGGGCUCACGUAUGCGGCCCUCUUCAAGGGGGCCCGGCCCGGUCUCGCCACUGAGUUCGGGGAGGCGGGGAUGAGGCUGCGCCGCGCCCAGACGGGAGCUCGGGUCUUCGAGUUCCCUGGGGCUGAAGGCGCGGCGACGGCCAACAAAUUCGCCGAGAAGUUGCGGGGAAUUUUCGCCGCCACGGACGGUGUUAAUAUCGCCAGGCCCACCAAAUGCGCAGAACUGCGCAUCUCGGGCCUGGACGACUCCAUCACGUCGGAGGAUGUCCGCGAUGCAGUCAUGGAGAAGACUGGGUGCACCGCGGACACCAUCAGAGUCGGCACCGUCCGUCCGGGCCCGGGAGGCCUCGGUGCGGUGUGGGUGAGCUGUCCCGUGGCGUCGGCCAAAGCACUGGGCGACGCCGGAAGCAUUCUCGUCGGCUUCGUAAAUGCCAGAAUCACGAUUCUGGCCGCGAGGCCGAUGAGGUGCUUCAAGUGCCUAGCCGCGGGACACACUCGCACCAAGUGCGAGAGCUGUUUUGACUGCAGCGGAUUAUGCUUCCGCUGCGGUCAACCCGGGCACAAGGCGGCAGAGUGCUCUGCCGCCCCCCACUGCCCGGUGUGUGAGGCGGGCAAAAAGCCCGCCAAUCACAUGAUGGGGCAGGGGGGCUGCAAGCCUCCCCGCGCUUCUCGGCAAACGCCGGGGGCUAGCCUGCCGACCCAGGCUACCCCCGACGUCAAUAUUGCGUCGACGCCGACGCCCAUGGAGGAGGUUGUAGAGACGAUCCAGUAA